AUGUGUGUCAGGGGAGGUUUUGGCUGCUUUUCUGUGGUUUUGAAAUCGAGGAGCUGAAGAUUUGAGGACCCAUGGGCAUUCCUUUAUGGAGAAAGUGGGAUUUUCGUCCCAGGGAGUAGUCUUUUUCCUGUAGCUGUCGAAGGAAGGCACUUCAGCACCCUCGAGACUCUAGAAGUUGAUCCUUGGAAUCAAGCUACUCCAAUCGUCCGUAGCAGGACCGCAGAAAUCACACACCACCAUCCACUCAAGACUGAAAACACAAGGCAAGGAGGAGACAGAAGGUACGAGAAGUGCACCCGUUAUUGGAUAUAG